CAGUUGCUGUCAAAGUGAGGGUGGGCCUGAGAGGAAACGUGUUGAAAGCGCAGCUAGAGCGCCGAGAGCGCAGUGUGUACAACAAGUAUAAGUCGCGUCUCCACGUAGAAUCGUAGCUUAACAUCCAAUUGUUGUUCCUAGAUAAAACGGGCCGUUCGCCGCGAAGUUUUGCGACCGGGAAGGAAUGGAAAACUUGUAGCCCUAUGGGGAAGACAGGAGCCUCCGACCGGACUCACUACGUAGGGUUAGGUAAAAGUGAGGCGCGAGAGUAGACCGCCCUGUAAUAACAAGCCUCCGCCCACUCCCACGUGGCCAACGAAUAUGUCUUCUCAAUGUUAUCCAACUGUCAUCGCUCGCAGCUGUCUUAAAAGGGAUGUCGUAGGGGGAAGACGUCCAGCCUCAGCACCCGCCUGAUCUGACCAGCGGCUGAAAGCGAGGAAGAAGAGGCGAUGGGUAGAAGCAACGUGCUGGACGAGCUGCUCAGCUACAACACCUUCAAAGUAGUCCGUGUCAAGGACAAGUACCUGGGGGGUCUAUACUAUGGCUUCCUCGUCGCCAUCUCGGCCUACAUUCUCUAUCAGAUCAUCGGGAACAAGCUGUACCUUGCCAGUGGCCCGGUGAUCGCAGGCGAAAUCCGAAUGAGCCUCGAGCCGCCGGAGGACUAUGGCCAGAAGCCUCCGCCGGCGUACUGUGGAGCUGACGGAACCUCAUGCUUGUACUGGGAUCCAGCGCAAAUCAUGUUCCCGGUCCCUGAUCAGGGCGGGAUGUUUCUGACCACCCGCGUUACCAUAUUGACAUACCCGGACGUUACCAUUGCCGCCGACGGAACCAAUGCAAAUUGCACAUACAUUUUAGCGACAAGUCCAAAUUGUUCGAUCAACCAAGUAAAGCCUAUCUCAUCCAAGACCUAUUUCAUCGCGAAUCUUGAGGAAUUCACAAUUAUGGUAGAGCACUCUGUGCGCUCCGACCUUUUGCGAAAGUCUACUCACAAUAGAGAGAUGACUGGGGAGAUCGUCUACGCGGAGACGAAUACUCCCAUAUACAAGUUCGAUUCUACAUACCAACGUACCAGCAAUGCGUCUGGUAUUCCAGGGGAUGUUUUUCCUGUAUCUACCAUGUUGCAAGCGGCAGGAGUUGACCUGGACGGAAAAUCAAUGGGUCUGACAGCCAAACCAGGGGAUACAGUCCGCACCCGUGGAAUGGUAAUCACCGUGGCGAUGAACUACGAGAACGUCGGCGUAUCCAACGACCUGUUUUAUACAUACCGCCCCUCCAAAGUUGAACUGCAACAGUACAAAAUCAUUGAGGAGCGCGUUGAUCUGGCGGGUGGGCACUACCUUAGCUUGAACAGACAUGGUAUUCGGCUGGAAUUGGUUCAGACUGGUAUCAUCGGGAAGUUCAACUUGAUGGCUCUUUUACGGAACCUUGUCGCCGCAGGAGCUCUUCUCACCGUCGCCACCUUUAUUGUCGAAAGAGUCAUGCUCUGGCUUCUCCCGCUCCGUCAGAAAUAUCGCCGACACAAGUACGAGAACACGAGACACUUCACAGACGUGUGGAAGGCAUUCCUCGCAAAGCGACGCGGAAUUCCGGGGCCCGAAAUUCUCCCAAAGUCAUACGGAAGCCAUCCCCGAGGCAUCAACGGCGAUCGAAUAGUCGUGGAUGAAGAUGACAAAUAUGGCGAGACGAAUGAUAUAUCUAUGUGGACUGCACUCAGGGAGGCGAUCAAGAAACCCGACGACAAGCAAAAGGGCCCUAUCGGGAGCUUUGGGCCCAAGGUUGACAAUGGUAGAACGGAGAGCGUCUUCUAUCACGGCAGUGCCGCUACGAAACCGCAAGUGCCAGGCGUUGAUAUUCAGCUGGUGAAGACAAGCAGGAAACCUGCCGAACCCUCCUCCAUCACUUCAACGGUGGCUCCCCCAGACAACUUCAUUGCUCGAAACGUCGAUCCUACCUACGGGCAUAACGGCAUGCCCAUGCCACCUUGGUACUCCAGCCCACAACCACCACCAGUCGCGGCGGGCCCGCGAGGUGCACAAGUCCUUAAUUCUAGAUCGCACCAGGACCAUCGGGAUAUCCCUUUAUCCAGCGAGUUCCCGCCGAUAACCUCUUCCUCACGACAGUGGUCACCCUUAGCAGGACCUUCCCAUCCGGACCUGCGGACUACAUGGCAUACUGGUAAAGGGAAGCCAUCACACGAACAAAGCUUGAACUACCCCGGCUGAUGCCGACGUUUUCCCAAGGUUCUGGAUCCUCAGAUUUCCUCGUAUAUUGGCAAUCCCUCUUUCGUCGUUCGUAGAAACCAACCUGUAGAUAUAUAUGUUUUUUCUUCCUGGAGACCCUGCAGGCCGGGUAUCAACAUUAAUAGAUAGACACUUUUAGAACUCGCAAUGUGAAGUUCUAUGUUUGCCCUUUUUUUUGUCUCGAUCCUGAAGUCGAAGAGUAGGAGUGUAUUUCACAGGUGCUGGUGGCAAUCGCAAGUUGGGAUCGGAACAGGGUUUGGGCAUGCACGC